AGGGAAUGGCAGAUGGACGCCGACAGGCCGAGGCGAAACACGAAACUGCGGAGAGGGCAAAGAGAAGACGGGAAGAGAGAGAGAGAGAGAGAGAGAGAGAGAGAGAGAGAGAGAGAGAGAGAGAGAGAGAGAGAGAGAGAGAGAGAGAGAGAGAGAGAGAGAGAGAGAGAAGAGAGAGAGAGAGAGAGAGAGAGGAGAGAGAGAGAGAGAGAGAGAGAGAGAGAGAGAGAGAGAGAGAGAGAGAGGGAGAGAGAGAGAGAGUGGGGCCGGCGGAGAGAGGAAAAUAGCAGCGCUGUCACAGGGGAUAGACAGGCGGAUAGGGGGAGAGGGCAAGAAGCACGCUGCGAUGGAGGAGGAGGAACGGAGGGAGAGGGCGCAGGGACGGGAGGAGGGUCGCAACUGCCACUCCUCUCUGGUGGGGGUUUCCUAUUGCAGCAUCUUUUUGAAUCCGGGGUGUAAUUAUUCAAGAAUGCCAGCCAACUAGC